GCCGCAGCGCUGUUGGCAGACAUAUUAGGAACGGACGUCUUUGGCGGAACCACAGCAUGCGAAUGGUAUAACUGUUUCGCGAAUGGUGCGAACGGAUAUUAAAGUGUUACGGACCAGCGAAGAAGAGACGAGGUGUCGGGACCCAGAAGACCAGAAUGCAUUACCGCUAUUGAGAAGGCUUUUCACGAAGGUUUAGUGAAGCUUUCGAAGAAAACCUAAGGAAGUUCUAAGGAAGAAAAAGAAGGACUCUUCAAACACAGCAGGACAGUAUAGCCUUAUCAAUCCCUCGACUCUACGUUUGCGAAAGCCUGAAGCAUAUUUACCAAACUCGUUGUCUGCAUCACUGAUGCAUGUCUACCCCAAAGGCGAUUGCAGCAACCGUGUUCAUUCCGUAAGCUUUGAAAAACGUUUACAGUUUCAUUUUAUUUUUCUGGGUUGUAGAAGCUGCCUCAGUUUUGCCUAAAGAUUGUGAAGCUACUCUGUAAAAUUUUGAAAUUAUUCCUCACAUCUUAAAAAAAACCAAUCUAUAUCCCCCAUAGCAGUACCCACAGCAGUCGAUUGCUGUGAGAGUAGCUGACGGACCGUGAGAUUCCAUGGGCAAUCUUCAUUUUUAAACCCUAGAAACCUCUCAGAGAAAUUUCUAAAUUGUUCAACCAAGACUUCGCUGGCCACUUCGAUGUCGGUGAGUUGGUAUGAGCCAAUAUCUUAUCAUACUUCUUAACAUCACGUUGUAGCAGUUGGUAUAUUGGCGAUAUACUGAACUUUCAGGACGCCCGAUAGAAGAACCUACCUAUAAAGGGGCUCCUACUGGACACCUUGUCUUCUUCAGAACAGAUAUAUAUUGCCGAGCCAACUGGUAAUAUUGACCACAUUUCAAAUAAGAUCAGUAACAUACAUUUUUUUUGUUGUCUGAUGAUGCACUGUUAGCUACGCUACGUUGCUUAGACAACGUCUUAGGAGAGGACACUGAAAACAACGACCCUGGCGCCUAUUGCCCCGUACUGCAUCAUCUGCAAGCCCUUGGGACCGGUACUCACAGGAACACCACAAUUUCGUCACUUCAGAUAUUCUUCCGCUAUUCCAGAUAUACGUUGAGCCACUCAUAAUAUAUGAAGCAUCUGUACAACAUGCAAAUCUUCGCAAGCUUAAAAACUUCCAUAAUACGACUGUCCGUUAUUUUCCCGCGACUAUAAAGUCAGCAUCGAUGCAAAAACGUACCUCUUAAUGUGGAGAAGCAUGUUUCUACUUAACGACUUCCAAAAAAAAAAAAAGAAAAACGCCAAGUCCAGUCCUUACUUGGGGUUAACCCUACGAAAAAAACCACGUCAUUUAGUGGAUAUUUAAACAUGUAAUUAAUGAACUAUAUAAACAGAUCAUAAUAACUAGACCACGAAAUAUACCACGGAUAAAUCGUAGGAUUGGGGCACAUGUCCUUUAAAACCAGCUGUUUGAUAGCGAAAUAUAUAAAUCGGUACGUUAAUACAACACCACUAAAAUUACAAUAUCUAUCUACAUUCAACAAGCUUUUGUGAAUUCUGAGGGAUUAAUAUUGUCAUCCCCACAGAUCCACAAGAAACGAUCUAUAUGAAUAAUAUUCGGUUUUUUGUUUGACUCCUCGGUGAGCGUCCAACAUCAAAGCUCGCAUGAAGAUUCAUGUUGAAUUUCAAAACGUUGUUUUAAUGACGAUUCACUAAAUCCAUUAGUUUUCUUAUUUAUUUGACACACUUUGUGCGAAUGUAUAUUGUAUAGUGGUAGGUUAUUCUUAAUACGAUUUCAAAUCUCACUCAAAAGAUGUAAUCUAAAAUUCGCGCCAUUUCAUCUCGAUACAACAGGCCAUUUGGCGCCAACGUGGGAUUCGAUUGAGAAGAACAGCCGAAGUAGCUUCAUAAGAGUCGGUUACUAGUUGCUAGAAAAAAAAAAAAAAAAACUUCUAUUUAUUCUUAUUAGUGCAAUUAAUCCUCGAGGAUAUAACUCCUAAAUGUAUCUUGGAGGCGCCCAGCUUUCCUUAGAACAGCUGGAGCCUGAUAACAGGAAAUACUUGUGGUUUUUUGUCUGACCAGGUGAGCGCGCAUUUCUUUGUAUUGCUUCGAUCAUAAUCCAUCUCCCAUUUAAACUCAACCUGAUUACCACACAGUUUGUAUAAAUGCAUAGAAUGAUUUCGGAUCGAUAUACUGUGUCGCCGAAAAAGACCCCGCAUGCUCUUUGAAGGAACAGCGAAGUGCAUAAAUAAACAAAGCGGGCAUUAGAUUUUAUAUAGUCGCCAGACUUCUCCAUGAAACCCAAGUUAUGAUACUUGAAUCACGCACGUGAGUUAUCGAAAACACUAACUACUCAAACAUAAAAUCCUUGUGAAAGUUGAUAUUCGUGGACUCGUAAGCUCGGGUUGGCCUUUUAACGGGUUGAAUGGCUUUCUUAGUUGACGGCUUUCAAACUAAAGCGUCGAUAAAAUUCGUACGGUGAGGUACCGUGCUGGACAUAUAUUCUUGAAGUAACAAAAACGGACUAGAACAUCAUGCAGGAGGAUGUUCGAUGCGAGGUAGUUAAAAAGGGAGUAGAGUAUACGAUACCGCCUGACGGAGCUGUCUGCCACCUACAAAUCUCGAACGAUCGUCAACAUCUUUUCUCGGAGACUGAGACAAUGAUAACGUUAGGUUUGGCAAGCGAUCCCGAACGUCUAGCUCUUGAAAAAUGUAUCAUGAAGAUGCGCCCUGGCGAAGAAACCCGAAUCGAGAUUGGUAAAAUAGAUCCUUCCGGUGGUAGGGGUUCAAGAAAGGAAGUUUUAAUAAAACUGAAGCAUUUCAGCGGCUGCCAGAUUUUCGAAAUGGAUACAACGGAAAAGUGGCGCCUAGCAAAUUGGCACAAGGACCACGGCGUAUCUUUGUUCGCUAACGAGAAGCUGGAAUGGGCAUUUCGACAAUUUUCACUAGCUCUUCAGUAUAUUAUCUCAUUGGCACUUGACAUACCGGAAGUGCAGCAUAACGACCAAAACAUGAACAUCAACCAGUUACGUACGUUGGUCUAUCUCAACAUGAGUGCCUGCCAGCUAAAAGUGAAAAAUUACAAUUUUGCCGCCGAAAAUGCUUCAAAGGCGCUUGCGAUUGCCCCAAGGAACCCAAAGGGGCUUUAUCGGAGAGGUACUGCUCUGAUGCAUCUUCAGGAGUAUGAAAAAGCGGAAGCAGACCUCACUGCUGCCCGAGACCUGGAGCCACAUAACGCUAUGAUUCAGGAGUCCAUACGAAACCUUCGUUCGAGAGUGACCGCACUUGAUAAGAAAUACGCCGUCGCGAUGAAAAAAAUGUUCCAAUGAACUAGUUUUUCUAUUCUGUAAAAAUCAGUAUGAGCACGAUGACUUUGUGCCUACAGUUCAAGGAAGUCAGGCGACUGUUAGUAGUCUGAAGGUGACACCUCUGGGUAUUUUAAAGAGUCUUAACGAGGUUAUUGCUAUAAGUUUUGCUAUGCCAUAAAUAAAUGUAAACUAUUGUAUAAAAAUAAUUACCAGUAACAAAUAUUUCUAUUAUUUUUGAUGAAGGUUUUUCUUUUUGCCGUUACAUGCUAAAGAAAUUAGUAGCUUUGUACAAUAUGUGCAAAUAUCUCAUAAUAAAUAUCAAAUAAACGUUAAUGACGAAAUUGUUAUUGAACUAAAAACACGUAAUAUAUUUUACACACAUAUUGUAUCUUUGACAAUAUUUAUACAGCAUUGACAACGGUACUGUAUAACAAUGGAUCGAAUCUGUUCAGCUACACGAUACGGUAGCGUUUUUUUUUAUUAGAUUUCAAAUUUUUUUGUAUGACGAAACUAUCUAUUUUUGAGAUGAUACGUUUGAAAAAUAAGUUUUGAUUCACAGGUUUCUUCUUGAGGUCGUUUCUUCACUUUCAACAAUUUUUUUUGAAUGCCUAGAAAAAGACGUCUAAAUACAGUAAUUGAUCCUACGACAAAAAUAUAAUCCUAUUAUCCAUGACGAUCUUAAGGGCAAUCAAUACAUUCAAAGUAAUAAUGUACUAAAUCAUUCAAUAUGAAACGUGACAAUCAUUGAACUUAUAUUACAGAUAUAGUUAUUUUAUGACGAUGCGAUAUUUCGUGACACUUUUUGUACCCUUUGAAUCCUGAAACUUUCAUUUGAAUAUUAUAAUUUCCACUUUAAAAAGGCGAGUUGUUGUAAGCCAUGAAGGCCAGAAGAUCUGUGAUCAGAAGAUAAUAUGAGAUCGAUUUUGGCACUACAGCGGAGGAGACAGCUCACCGUAUAAACCAUGUAUUUAGUGAAGGUUCGACCACUGGAGACUGCCUCAACCUCUUAUCAAGUUCAUUAUAUAUAUAUAUAAGAGAAGAAAAGGUGUUAGCAUUUAGGUUUAUGUAUAAUAUAAUACUUGUUUACCUCGGUCAAGUCCGUAAGGUAAAAGAAUUAGAAAUAUAAGUGCUGCAUAGUUUGUGCAAGUCAAAAACAUACGUAGAGACGUUCUUCUGUUCUCACAUGACAACAGUGACCAAUUCUUACUUAGAAUCGGCAUUGUGUAAAGUUCAAUGAUAGUUUUUAUUGGCAUGGCAUUUAUAGAGACCGAAAAGGAAUCAGGGCAGGCUGUCCGUUUACUUUGUAUUUAUAUUUUGGACACAAGCACCAAAUUCCGCAAUCAGUCGUCUCUACACUAUAUACUACAUACAAAGAACUUACCUUAUAAAAGCAAUACUCGAGAUUUCUAAAUAAUUUGCUCAAAUGAUUAGGUCUUUCAGCACAAAACCUAACAUAGUGAUUUUCCCUUGACUUUUCGAACUUUUCAAUUUAGUUUUUUCUUUUCAGUCGAAGCUUUGCACCAUUAUUAUAUACAAUUUUUUACCGUUUUGACGGGACAUGUUUGUCGUGCUGCUGUAGAAGUAUGAGGUACAAGAGUUUCUAAAAUCUAGAUUUCGACUUUAUGUUAAGAUUUAAGUAACUUUGAUUAGAAAAAGAUUAUCUGUAAAAGCAAUGCCUAAGUGCGUUAACAAAGAUUUUCCUUAUAAUAACUCUGACUAUUGCGUU